UGAACAAGUACAAAUAGAGUCGCCAUUAGAAGGUUACCAGACGGAGCAGGCAGGAGGUCAGAGAGUGAUGGGUCUGUCAAAGGGGGCGUCGUCAUGGUCGGUGGCAGAAGUGCUGGAGUGGAUGCAGGCACAGUACCCCACUCAGAUGGCCCUACUCCAUAAAGCUGUAAUCAAACAUGACAUAACAGGGCGUGUCUUGCUGAGACUAAAGGACCAUCAACUGGCGCUUCUUGGGGUGGAGGAUGAGGAGCAGCAGCAAGAAAUCUUGCAGGACCUCCUCCUCCUCCGCGUUCAGGAAGAAAUCAAUGAGCUUACUGACAUCUGCUCUGACUUUCUCCAAGAAGCACAGUGAAAAUCUUCAGAAAGAAAAAGAAGAAACAGAAACCAGGCUGACUUUUUUUUUUUUUAAUUUCCCAACCAUCCAUUCAUCCACGUGAAGGAGACAGAAAGGUGGAAUUGAUGGAAAUAACAAGAGAAGGUGAAUAGAAAGAAGGAUCGAUGAGGAAUGAAGAGAGAAGGAAACCCAUUUCCGAUGUGAAAUCUGACCUGUGCAGAUGGAUGAGAUUAGUUUUUGUCUGAGUGUCUUUUUCUGAUCCCUACUGUCCAUUAAUCUUUGUCCUUUUUUUUCUGUCUCUUCAGGUGACAGCUGCAGAGACAGAAACUAUUGCAUUAUAAAAUAUUUUGAACAAAACUUUUUAUGGACUGAAUAUGCAAGAAAAGCCCCAGUAUGUGUACGGGUUUAGGAUACAGCUCAAUCGGCAGAGUGCUUAAAUCCAGACUCUAUUCGGUCGUUUCUCUUAAAAUUCAGUGCCACCAUUAAUGGUUCCCAGAGGAUACGUUCUACUGAGUUUGUUGGUUCAUAUUUGUGUUUUUGAGUGCAGCGUCUCAAACACUGUUUCAGUGGAUUUAUGAGAAAUUUGUUACUUUAUGACUUCUUCAGGACAAACACAGUGGAUUCUGCAAACAUUUUAGCUGUUGUAAUGCUGUAAUAGGUGGCUUGUUUUCAAAAUAGCAGCAGAUUGUAUUUUAAUAACAGAUACUGCUUGCCCCCUGGACUGCCAGGGUAGAAAGGGUUAAUCAUUUCAUGUGUCCGAUCAGAACAGCUCAGUCAAAGCAGUAAAACUUUGUCAUGCUGUUUGCUUUCCUCUCUCACUGAAAUAAAUUUUUACAAACCAGA